UUUCUUUUGAAUUCAUGCCUGACAGUACUUUUGUGCUUCACAGUUGUUUUUUUUUUUUUUUUUAGCUUUCUUGUGAAUGAGAAUCUGAGUUCUUCACCACCAUGAAAUUUACUUGAUAAUUUUCCUGAUAUAUAUGACUUCAGGAAUAUGUUUGGAUGAUGAAAACGUGAUCCACUUCACAGACGAUCAUCAUAGUGAACGUCGCAAAUGCGUAAACCGUGAUCACUCAACUGUUCAUGGUGUGGUCUGUUCCUCCAUAGACUGUUUCCGUUCUGGUGCUGAUCAUCUCUAUCACUUUGAAUAUGAUGUUAAUCCAGCCCUUAUCCUCGCCAAACUCGUAGGAGGUACAACUCUUGCGCUUGCUGACGGACCUGACGUUGUGCUGGACCGUGCACUUAAUUUCCUUACUAGCAAUGACUCCAAUAGCCACUACCGUUUCAUAAACAAGGGUAAAGACUUUGCAAUGUAUUGUAAAACAGGCUUGGUAGUGAUAGAUAACAUAAAUUUCGGCAGACGUUGGCAAACUGCUUUAUUUUUCUUUGCUGUUACUGUCACUUUCUUUCUUUCUCUGCAGCGACUCACAGCUGCUACGUUUACUGGUGUGGCAGCUUCAUGGUUUAGCUUAUACUGUAUUUAUAGAUUUGGUUCUGAUAUCGGAGCCCGUCCUAAUGUUAUUGAAGUGGAUGGAAUAAAGAACUUUCCUGUUCUUGAUGAGAUAUUAUCUUCUGCUGCUUGUGGCUUCAGACCUUUUCAAUCCUUAGUUGACCUGUUCAUAGUAUUGCUGAUGGCUCGUUUCAUUACUCAGUUGCUAUCAAGUGUACUAAUGUGGUCUGAGACUCCUCAAGGGGUCUGGAUUCUAGCCUGGAACAUAUUUUUCUACUCAGCAAUGUUACAAAGAAGGUUGCUUUCGAACAAGAUAUAUAAAAAGCAGCUUAAGCCUGGAGACCACAUCUACACAUGGAGGCGCUUCUCCUACAGAGCCCAUGCCCACCAUGAUCAUCUGUAUCUCAUUGAAUAUGGUGUUAAUCCUCACCAAACUCGCAGGACUGCAACUCUUGCGCCUUCUGAUACAGCUGAAGUUGUGCAGAACCGUGCAUCUAGUUUCCUACUAAUUAAUAGCAGUGACUCGAGUAGCCACUAUUGUUCCAUAAACAAUGGCAAAGACUUUGCAGUGUGUUGCAAAACAAGCUUGCCACAAAGCACAGCUGCAACUUUUACUGGUGUGGCAGCUACACGUUCUGGGUUAUACUGUAUUUAUGGUUUUCGUUCUCACAUCGGAGCCCGUCUUAAUGUUAUUAAAGUGGAUCAAGUACAGACAUUGCCUGAUGUUGAUGAUAAGAACUUUUCUUCUGCUGCGUCUGGCUUCAGACCUAUUCAAUCCUUAAUUGACCUGUUCAUAGUAUUGCUGAUGACUCAUGUCAAUUUUCAGUUGCUAUUAACAGUACGAAUGUGGUCUGAGCCUCUUCAACUGCUGUCCGAGACACCUCGAGUGGUCUGGAUUCUAGCAUGUAUCAUACUUUUCUACCUGGCAAAACUACAAAAGUUUGGCAAUGCUUGUAAGUAG